UGAAUGAAGAUAGGGCCAUUCUCUUUAGUGUUUGCCCUGUCUCCACCGUGUCUACCUCUCCACCGGCUGCUUUUUGAUUUUAAACCAACAUAAAUGAACCCUUGAAAGUGACCAUCCAUACACUCAGACGACACAAAACCGAUGUGUCCUAUGGAGUAGCUACAAAAGGUGACAGGAGGACGAAAAGCAAUCAAGACUUCCCCUGCCAUUGCUACAAACACGAUACAAAGUUUUGUUUUUUUUUUUAAAUCAAAGUCAUCAGUGACAAGGCCAGAGCAGCGAGGAUGUCCCAGCUCCAGUUCCAGUGUCCGGCCAGUCCCAUGCCCGCCGCCCCUGCCCCAUUGCAGAUGGGCCAGCCUCAGCCGGGCUACAGCAUCCCCUGUACCACGAGCAUGCUGGCGUCAGAGAGCGCCAGCCAGCCCGUUAGGAGCUCUGCUCUCCCCGCGGGCUCAGUCACACCCUACAAUACCAUCACAGUAUCUAACAUGGCAAACCCUAAAGAGAAGACCCCCAUGUGUUUGGUGAAUGAGUUAGCCCGUUUCAACAAGCUCCAACCUGAGUAUAAGCUACUGAGCGAGCAAGGACCAGCUCACUCCAAAAUUUUCUCAGUGAGGCUCACACUGGGGGAUCAGCACUGGGAUGCAGAGGGGACCAGCAUCAAGAAAGCCCAGCAUUCCGCUGCUGGAUCUGCCCUGGCUGAGACUGUGCUUCUCAAGCCCACCAUCAGGACACCGCGUCACCCAGGCAAAACGCCAGUUGAUGGCUUGAUGCAGAUCAUGGAGUUGAACGCAUUGUGUUCAAAACUUAGUAAAAAGCCAAUAUAUAAACCCAUGGACCCAUACCCGGGAAUGAGACCACCAAACAUCAAUUACAACGUCCGCGUCCCGGGGCCGUAUCAGCGCUCUAUGCAACAAUACUACUACCCAUUUGCCCCCAUGGGACCAAUGAUAUACCACAUGGAGCUAUCUAUCGGAGGCCAGCAGUUUAUAGGGAAGGGACGCACGCGGCAGCUAGCCAAGCACGACGCCGCCGUGAAAGCCCUGAAAGUGCUGCAGAAGGAGCCAAUAUUGCAGCAAUUGCCAGUGAUGAAUGGAGACACGGAAGAGGAGAACCUCAACAAGUCAGAAAUCAGCCAAGUGUUUGAAAUUGCACUGAAGCGCAACUUGCCUGUGAAUUUUGAGGUGCUGAAAGAAGAAGGUCCCCCGCACAUGAAGAGCUUUGUAGUGCGCGUCACCGUGGGCGAGUUCUCCGGAGAGGGAGAAGGAAAGAGUAAAAAGAUAGCCAAAAAGUUGGCAGCUGCCGCCGUGCUGGGGGACUUGAAGAGGCUACCUCACAUACCCAGCGUGGAGAAGACGUUGCCACGCAUCAAGAAGAAAACGAAAUCCAUCAUCAAGUUGCAGACCAGUCCAGAAUAUGGCCAGGGAAUGAAUCCCAUCAGCCGCCUGGCUCAGAUCCAGCAAGCCAAGAAGGAGAAGGAGCCAGAAUACAGCAUGGUGACAGAAAGAGGGCUGCCACGGCGUCGGGAGUUUGUCAUGCAGGUGGCAGUGUGCGGCCAGUCUGCAGAGGGGAUGGGGCCGAGCAAGAAGGUGGCCAAAAGGAAUGCGGCGGAGAAAAUAUUGGAGCUUCUGGGAUAUAAAGUGCCUCAGCCCCAACCCCCUAAACCAGCACUUAAAACCGAAGAGAGGACCCCAGUAAAAAAGCCAGGUGAUGGACGCAAAGUGACCUUCUUUGAACCAGGUUCUGUAGAGGAAGGUCCCAAGGAGGAGGAGUUCCGCCUGCCUUACUUGAGCCACCAGCAGCUGCCUGCAGGCAUCCUGCCCAUGGUGCCCGAGGUGGCUCAAGCGGUCGGGGCCUGCCAGGGCAGCCAGGCUAAGGACUACAGUCAAGCAGCGGCCAACCCAGGCAAGGCCACCGUCACUGCCGUAAUUGCCAAUGAGCUGCUGUACGCAGGCAUGUCCCAGACUGCUGAAACCAUCCUAAAGAACAAAAAUAUUCUGACCCAGCCUCCCCACGGGCCUCUCGCCAGGCCCUCGGAACAACUGGGCUACCUUGCGUCAGUGCAGGGCCUGCAGGUGGAAUACAAAGAUUUCCCCAAAAACAACAAGAACGAGUUUGUGUCGCUGAUUAACUGUUCCUCCCAGCCGCCGCUCAUCAGCCAUGGAAUAGGAAAAGAUGUGGAAUCCUGUCAUGAUAUGGCUGCACUCAAUAUACUGAAAUUGCUCUCCGAGUUCGACCAGCAGUCAAAUGAGCGAACAGGAAACGGACCAGCUUCUGGGAGUGUCAAGCAGGCGAUGGAGGGCGACCUGCACCUCAAACAGGCUAACUCAAGCACACUGGCCCCGCCCCCGGACAGACCCGUGUAGACCGUCGGCUUGGCUCGACUGGAAAAAGCACUAAAGAGAAAUUGAAGACACUGUGUCCUUAGUUGCUGUUUAAAUGGCCGCCGCAUGCGUGCUGCCGUCACUCAUGUUCAUUGUUGCACAGUGUUGACAGUUAAACAAGAUUGAUGCUUUCCUCUCCUUGAUGUUGUUUAAUUGUACGCCUGAUUCUUUUGUGGAGAGAGUAGCUGCAUCCUAGCCAGAGUUUGAGGCCUUUACUUGGCAGGGAGGGAGGGGGAAGUGAAGCGAUAAACUGUGAAUUACGUUUGCUCUCUGAGUCGUCUUGUUUUAAAGUAUUUUAUGUGUUUUCACCCAUGAGGUGGUUCCUUAAUAAACCAAGUCUCGGUUUUAGACCUCAUUGCUGUCUAGGAUGCAGCUGGUCAACUUCUGUUUCACUUUUUCUUUGUUGUUGUUUUUUUUUCCCCCUGCGGUGCUUUCAUUUAACAACCACAAGUGGCGUGUUACCGACAUCAGCAUGUAGGGCUGGGAGGAGUGUGUUACUUUCAAUGUGGCGUGUGUCGUAACGUGAUGUUGUCUCCCACUGUGCGUGGCUGGGACGGGGGGGUGGGCGGUCACCUGAUGCGCCCUUUGCCUCCUUUAUGUCGGCCUCUCGUCUCUUACUGAUCUUCAUGGUAAUUAAACCGGCGUGCUGUUA